GAGUCCAGGGACAUUGUCUUUUUGGCCAUGGCGAGUCCAGCAGUGAGAAGAUAAAAUUUAAUUGAUGAAGACUCUCAAGGUAUCAGAAGAAAUGGGGUAGUGGAAUGGUUUUAUAAAUGUGCAAAGAGUGACCAGAAUGAACAUUGUUAUUGUGAAUAGGAAAUGAAAGCAGUAAACAGAAGCCAGUUUUAUACUGAUAAUGGGGAAUGCUAGCAGUAACCAGAAAGAAGAUCUCUGUGCAAAUCGACACAGUUAUUAUACUAAGUUAUUAUCUGCACCACCAUUAUGGUCAACUCAAACAUCAUACAGUAAAUGGGCUAAGCAGUACAAAAAUGUGGAAGGGUUUACUGAUUUUGCUGAUUUUACAACAUGUCGUGAAGCAAGAAAACGUCAUGGCAUAUUAGUCAAACCAGACACAUACGAUGGGAGGCAGCUCGUAUCCCAGUUGAAAUCAAAAUCAGAAUUAACUUUGAUUGAAAAACAAAAAUGGAAGCUUUCUUCAUUUAAACUUCCCAGAAUUCCCUUGACUGGAUUAGAAGAUCCUUACUGGCUUCAUAGCCGACACAACAGGAACAGACGCGAAUGCAGUGUUAUUGGUUACCAUGACACCAUGGCAGUUCUUCAAAUUAACACAAAUAGAUAUCACUUGUCACCAAGGUUUUACAUUUUAGACUUGGAAUGUAAACAAGUUUUAGGACAUUUUGUUGUGUUUUACCAUUGUAAGAGAUGGUACGAGUGCUAUAUCUCUCCUAAUAAACAACAGUUGUUGAUACGCCCUGAUAACUUAACUAGAAUUGUUUCGCUGCCAGAUAAUUACAUGAUAGAGAAUAUAUCAUUGAUGCAGCAUGCAUCAAAACUCAGGAUUAAUGCGGUACCUCCAACACUCAGAGCCCAUGUGCUAGCAUUCAACUCUCAAGCAGGGGACAAUUUUGUUUUGACUGCUUUUUACAAGGAAAUAGAACUGAGAUCUAUUGGUGACUGGAAUGUUGUCAGGAAGAGUGGUACCUUUCGUCUCCCAGCAUCAAUUCAGCAGAUAAAAUCAAGUCCCUUAGGUGACUAUAUAGUUGUUAGAUGUGUUCAUCCUCUUUAUAAUAAAGAGUAUCGGACAAAUAUUGUUGCAGUUAUAAGUUAUGUCAACUUUGAACUGUUGCUCCGAAUUGAUGUCCGAGGGUGCUACUGGCCUGCAAGUGAGGUCAUCAAUUUACAAGUCUUCCCAUACUUUUCACCAAGUGAAGCUACGAUAGCUGUAAUGAAAAACCAUGCGUACAAUCGUAAAGUGAUAACACAGAAACUGCCCAUUGUAAGACUAAACCUGCAAUAUUUGUGCCGUAGAGCUAUUCUUCAUCUAGUGAGUUACCGUGAUGUGGGUAAAUUGCCACUUCCUGCACAGUUAGUUGAUUACAUUCAAGGCAAGCCACACAAAAUCUGCAAUGUGUAAACCAAAUGAAGUAGAACAUUUAUGCAAUGAUUGGCAGGUCCAAGCCAAUAAGAAUUUGUUAAGGCCAGUUACUUAUUCAAUAUUUUUCACUUGAAAUUUAAGAGAAAUUAUGUACCAGAGACAUAUGCCAUGUAUGCUGUAAAGCAACUCAUUUUUGUGCAUACUCUAUUUCGCAUCAAGUUCUUUUUAGAGUACUUUGCAGCUUUUUGUUUUUGGCGAUCUUCUCAUUUCGUGAUAUAUUUAUAUAUAAGGGAAGAUCCAAGUUACACAUAUUUGCGGCAAUAUAAAAUUUAAUUUGCGUACUUUUCUACUCGAGAAACAAAAAUCGCACAUGUUUACAGUAAUACGUUAAUAUGCAUUAUAUGUCUCUGUAUGUACAAAUGAACAUGUUUUUUUAAAGUGUUAUUACUGUUAAUAUCAAAUCUUUCAAUAUUGUAAUAUUGACAAGUGUUAGAAGACUGUAUUUUUCUUGAUAUUCAAAAUGUGAUGUUAAAUGUUAAACUGCUAAAAUGGCUUGAAUUCAAAUAUUCUCACUUUGCAUCCAAAUGUCCCUAGAAUGCACAAUUUUCCAUCCUUGCUUAAGAUGUGGAGGGCAACUUUGCAGAGUCCAGACAGGGCCAGACCCCUUCUGCCACUUUGAAUUGAAAAUCAGAAAAGGGUUGGAGUGUAAGUUGUAAGAGAAAAUCAGUUGGAAUAAUAAAAAGAAAACUCACAUUUUAUAAAAAAAAAAAAAAAUAUAUAAAAUAAGGGUGCUGUAUUCACAUGAUUCAGGAACUUUGAGAGUAAAAUGAUAUUAAAUUUUUUACAGUCAUGACAGUUUUUAUAAUUUUUUUGCUCAACAAGGGAUUUAUAAACAUAACUACAACAAAACUCACUUGUACAAUGUUGUAUUAUUAUUAUAUUUUUUUAUUUAAGUAGACCAUGUAAUCCACUUCAUAAUUGAAUAAAAACAUUCUAAAAAAAGAAAUGCAAUUGUAGUGAGUCAUGACAGCAAUUUAAAGAUGAAAAUUUUCACUAAAUUAUAAGUCAAACAGGUACAUGUAAAAUGCUUAUUUAUUCCUAGUCAAUAUUCUUGCUUUUUUAUAUACACAAGAUAUACAUGUAUGUAUUUGCACUUUUUAUAGAUUAUAACUCAGCCAAUAUAUACAUGAUAUAUAUAUAUAUACACACACCAUUUGUACAUAUAUGUACUUUUGUUAAUUUGUUUAUUGUUCAAAGAAAAUGUUAAUUGUUUUCUAAUUGAAUGAUUUCCAGUACAUGUAAAUAUUUCAUUGGUGUAUUUUUAGCACAAAUAUCGUCAUUAGACGGGACUUAAGCAGUUUUGGAUUGCAUGUACAAAGUAUUUUUAGUUAAUCAACCCUGGCUUUCAACUGAUGAAUUUUACAUGAAUUUGUCCUCAUGGUUUUAGAAACAAGAGAUUUGGGAGAAAAGGAAAUACAGAUAGAUUAAUACGCACAAGAUUAUUUGAAUAUUUUUGUUAAAAAAAAAACAACAUACCAGACCU